AUGUCUUCCUCCAACUCUGCGGUCUGGCUUUUAGAAGCGGGCGGACAGUUCGUUGUCCAAGAGGCCCCAUUGCCUAGCCCCGGUCCUGAUGAAGUUUUGAUCAAGAACAAAGCUGUCGCGGUCAACCCCAUGGACUGGAAGAUCCAGAUCUAUGGACCGCACUUACCUUUCCCCAAAAAGUAUCCCUUUAUCCUCGGCGCCGACGUAGCCGGAGAGAUUUACGAAGUGGGCCAAGACGUAACCACCUUCAAAAAGGGAGACCGAGUAAUAGGAGGAGCCAAUUGGUUCCUUACAAACGAAAUCAGGGACUCCGGCUUCCAGAACUACACAAUCUGUAAAGUCAACCUCGUGGCCCCCCUCCCGGACACCAUGUCCUUCGAAAGCGGGAGCGUCCUCCCUCUAGCCCUAUCAACGGCAACAAUGGGCCUCUACCCAGCUGGCCGGCUUGAACUCCCCUUACCCCUUACCCCCAAAGCAAGCCCCAUCAACAAGGUCAUCCUCGUCUGGGGCGGCUCAUCGAGCACCGGCAGCGCAGCGAUUCAAAUGGCAGUAGCAUCGGGGGCCACCGUCAUCGCCACCGCGUCUGCGAAGAACCAUUCCUUCGUGCAGAGCCUCGGUGCCGCCAAGGUGCUGGAUUACCACGAGGAUAGCAUCAUUCAGGACCUGAUCCAGGCUAUUCGGGAUACUCCUGGGGAAUUUCUGGGUGUCCUGGAAGCUAUUGCGGAGGAGGAGACGAUCAGGAAAUGUGCGGACGUGGUCAAGGGACUUGGUGGUGGACGUGUGGUUACGAACUUGCCUGUGCCGGUUAAGGAUAUUCCGGAAGAGGUGGAGCUUGUUGGUGUUGUUGAUGUCGCGAAUCUCCAUGAUCAUAAGGAGAUCUCUGAGUAUGUUUGGGGCAAGUUUAUCCCUGAGGCGUUGAAGGAUGGGACGUUGAAGCCGGUUCCUGAGCCCUUGGUGGUUGGAGAGGGCUUGGAGAAGAUCCCUGAGGGUGUUUCUUUGUUCCAGAAGGGCAUCUCGGCGAGGAAGAUCGUUGUGACCUUGUAA